CUGGAAUACCGCGCUUUGCGUUUGACAUUGUGACCGUGGAGGGUGAAGAAUGCUCAGCAGCAGGAUGGGAGGAGAUGAGUAGGGGGGACACAGAGCGGAGAUCAGAGGGUAUUUCAGGAGAUUCCACCGAUGACAUGGCUUUUGCUGUUUCCUCGCUUAUGUAGGCUGGUUGUGUAGGAGCAUAUGUAGGAGCAUUUUGACUUUUCCGAUAUCUGAACAGACUCCCGGUCAAGGGCACACAAGAAGUCUGAUGUAGAUGCUGAGCCAGAGGAGAGCCCAGGGAGCAGCAGCAGCAGCAGUGGGGCUGUAGAUGCCCUCUCCACAGCUCCAUCACCAGCCCCCCCCCUGGCUUCUGCGGGAGAGCCAGGACCGAGAGGAGACAGCUCCUGCUCUGACUCCGACAGCCCUAUAGAUUCCAGCUCCUGCAAGGAGGAGGAGGAGGAGGAGGAGGAGGAGGAGGAGGAGGACAAAGACGAAGACCCAACUAUGUUCUCCUCCAAAUUCCUUAGUGGGGCCAACCCCCUCAAUGCCGUGUCCUCUGCUGUGAAUAAGUUUGGUUUAUUUGGAGAUGAUGGGGAUAAGAAUAAGAAAGCACCUUCUCAGCAGGGGGUGAAGCCAACUGGAGAACAGCAGUCAGGAGCAGGCUCAGGCAAAGGCCCUCAACAACAGCAGGGACCACAAAAAUCCAUCCAGGGCAUCCCUAUGCAAAAGGGCCAGCCACUCCCUAAAGAAGGAUCACCACAGCUGCAUGGGAAUGGACAGGCUGGAUCCCCAAACAAGCCUGGUGGGCAACAAGCUGCUCCAAAGGCAGGGACACAGGCUGAAGGCCAGCUUAAAGGAGAGCCUCAAAAAAGUCAACCUAAGGGCCCACCACAGCAAGGUUCGCCUAAGCCUGGAGCUCAACCACAGUUUGGGAAGAGUGGAGCUCAAUCAGGUUCUCCAAAAGCAUCAUCCCAACAGGUUCCACCUAAGACAGGGAUGCAACAACAAGGGCCUGCUAAGACUGGUGCACAACAACAACAACCUGCAAAGACUGGGGUGCAAGAGUCCACAAAAGUUGCCUCACAAAAAACUGGCUCACAGCAAGCGUCACCGGAAGUAGGAACUCAACAGCGGGGGUCACCAAGGAUUGAACAACAAAAACAGGGCUCACCUAAACUUUCACAGCAGCAACAGGGUUUACCUAAAUUUGCACAGCAGGGCUCAACUAAAGUGGGACAGCAACAGCAAGGCUCUAAGGCUACAACCCAGCAGCAGUCCUCCGACAAGCCUGGGUCACAACAACAAGGCCCUAAGGGACCUGGUACACCUGGCCUGUGCCGAGCAGGGUCUUCAGCACCGGGACCAACCAAAGCUGGACCUCAGUCAAAAGCAAUAGCUAAGUCCCUUUGCCCAGUGUGUAACACAACAGAACUAAAUAUGGCCACCAAGCAAUCGCCUAACCAUAAAACCUGUUCACAGUGUAAAACUGAAGUGUGCAGCUUCUGUGGCUUCAGCCCUCCAGAUUCGGAUGGACGUGAGUGGCUUUGUCUUCCGUGCCAGAUACAGAGAGCUCAAGGAGCUUCUGAACAACAGGGACCUUCCAUUAGAAAGCCCAUGCCCAACAAAGUUUCUGCUGCUCAAAACCAGCCACCAUCUCCUGCUGCACCUGUCAAAAAAGAGAUGUCAGCACCAGGUUUACCUCAGACAAUGCAGUCUACAUCGGCAAAAGUGCCAGCCAAGGAUGAUGCUGCUAAAGGUCCAGAAAGUCAAAAACAGGCCAGCCCAGCAUCUGUUCAGAAAAUGACACCUGAGACCCAGCGUACAUCAGGGUCUCACAAACCAGAUCAGACUAGUCAAAAUGGACGCAAGCAAAGCAGUGCCCAGCAAGAGUCAGGAGGAUUAUUUGGCUUGGGUGGUGUUAAAACUGAACCUGCAAAACCUGAAGAGUCAGUGACUGGAAAGAUGUUCGGUUUUGGUUCCUCCAUUUUCAGUUCUGCAUCUACUUUGAUAGCCUCAGCUGUUCAGGAUGAGCCUAAAACCACACCGCCAGUAUCUCCCAAAAUGCAGUCUACAAAAGAGACCAAACCAGCUACUGUCCAAAAGUCAGUGAAAGACAAGACACAAGAGCAACCCCAGCAGGCAAAGGCUAAUCCAGCAAGACAGGUCAAAGUGGACAAAGCUCCAUCAGAGAGUCCAAAGGCAGCAGCAGCCACCCACAGUGUUCCUAAAGGAGGUCACUCCACUUGUCCACUCUGUAAGAUGGUGCUCAAUAUGGGCUCGAAGGAUCCUCCCAACUACAACACCUGCACUGAAUGCAAAAGCACCGUCUGCAACCAAUGUGGAUUUAACCCCAUGCCAAAUGUCAAUGAGGGAAAGGAGUGGCUUUGUCUAAACUGCCAGGUGAAACGAGCUGCCAGCGGAAUUGAACCUCAGAAAGACACAUCUUUGGUCAAUUCCUCAUUCAAAAUAACUACUCCAGCACAGCCUGCACUACAAAAGACAUCUGCACCAGGCUCCCCUCAGAGGAAAAUAUCUACACCUACAGCACAAGCAGUCAAGACUGAUACUGCUAAAGGACCAGACAGUUAUAAACAGGCUAGCCCUGCUCCUGGUCAGAGGACACCUCAGGAGAGCCGGACGAAAGCUCAGAAACAACCGGACCAGACAAGCCAAACUGCACAAAAGCAUGGGCAUGCCACAGCAGCUACACAGCAAGAGUCGGGGAAGUUCUUUGGUUUUGGUGGUCCUAAAAGUCAGCCCGAUGCUGUAAAGCCUGCAGUGACUGGGAAAAUGUUUGGUUUUGGUUCCUCUAUCUUCAGUUCCGCAUCUACUUUGAUAACCUCAGCUGUUCAAGAUGAGCCCAAAACUACACCACCACCUUCUCCCAAAAUGCCUGCUGCAAAGGACUCUAAAUGCUCCACUGCCAAUAAAUCAGAACAGGAGAAGAAACCAGAACAACCGCAGCAGGCCAAGACCUCUCCAUCAGUACAGCUGAACGCGGACAAACUUCCAUCAGAGCCGCCAAAGAAAGCAUCAGCUUCCCAAGUUUCCAAAGCAGGCCAGUCUACCUGUCCUCUAUGUAAAGUGGAACUUAACCUGGGCUCUAAAGAUCCUCCCAACUACAACACCUGUACCGAGUGCAAACACACUGUCUGUAACCAAUGUGGUUUUAAUCCCAUGACAAAUGUUAAAGAGGUAAAGGAGUGGUUGUGUCUCAACUGCCAGAUGCGGAGAGCACUAGGAGCAUCUCAGCCUCCAGGAACUCCCAUGAUGAAAGUACCGGCCUCACCAAAUAAAGUCCCUGCACCUACCAAUACCAUAAAUAAGGAAACUCCCCCACUAGAUACAUCUCAAAAGAAAGACAGUCAAACAGCUGCUGAAUUACAGAAGACCUCUGCACCAGGCUCUCCUCAGAGGAAACCACCAACACCAGCAGAGCAGCCAGCAAAGUCUGAAGUCAUUAAAGGAUCAGAAAGUCAGAAACAGGUCAACCCAGCUCCUGGUCAGAAAACUCCAAUGCAAGGCCGUAAGACAGGUCCUCAGAAACCACAGGACCCGACAAAUGAAACUGGACGUAAGCAGAAUAAUACUACCUCAACUACACAUGAGGAAUCCGGAGGGUUGUUUGGAUUUGGCGGUCCUAAACCUCAACCUGAUGCCGCAAAGCCUGCUGAAUCACUGGGUGGAAAAAUGUUUGGCUUUGGUUCCUCCAUCUUCAGUUCUGCAUCCACUUUAAUAAACACAGCUGUCCAAGAUGAUUCCAAAACAACCCCACCAUUGUCUCCCAGGAUGCCUGCUACAAAGGCAACCAAAUCUCAGCUUGCUGAGAAACAAGAAGAGGAGAAGAAACUAGAGCCCAUGACCUCUCCAUCCCAUCAAGCCAAAGUAGAAAAAGCUCCAUCAGGGCCUCCAACGAAUGCAGCUGUUUCCCCAGUUGUUCGCAAGGCAGGCCAACCUACCUGUCCACUCUGUAAGGUGGAACUCAACUUUGGCUCUAAGGAUCCUCCUAACUACAACAAGUGCACUGAAUGCAAGAACAACGUCUGCAACCAAUGUGGAUUUAAUUCAAUGCCAAAUGUAUCAGAGGUAAAAGAAUGGUUAUGCCUGAACUGUCAGAUGCAGAGAGCUCUUAGUGCAUCUGAACUCACAGGACCUCUUUUGACACCUCACAAUACAGCUAACAAAAUUCCUCCAUCGGCCAUGCAUCAGAAGAUAACAGCUCCCAAUCAAGUGGAAACUCUAAAGAAGGAGUCAUCAAAUUUGGAUGCACCUUCAAAGAUAGAGACUCCAGUGCCUGAUGUACUUCAAAAGAAGGGAAGUCCGACACCAGGUUCUCCUCAGAAGACACAGGCAGCAAAGGCUGCUAAAGUACCAGAACGUGACACACAGGCUAGCCCUACUCCUGGCCAGAAAACUACUCUAGAUAUCCGGGGGGCAUCAGCUUCUCAGAAACCAACUGACCAGGCAAGUGAACUAAAACAGAGUAAGGUCAACCCGGAUACAAAGCAUGAGUCAGGAAACCUAUUUGGCUUGAGUGGUCCUAAAAAAGAGCCUGAUGCCUCAAAAACAACAGAGUCAGUGACUGGGAAGAUGUUUGGCUUUGGUUCUUCCAUUUUCAGCUCAGCAUCAACUUUGAUAUCAUCCGCUGUUCAGGAAGAAUCACGUACUACACCACCAAGCUCUCGUAAGAUGUCUGCACCAGCACAAGUCUCGCCCAAGAUGUCUGCUGUACCCAAUAUUUCUUCAAAAACUACACCGGCAUUUUCCCCCAAAAUGUCACCAGCAAGAGAGCCCAAAACCCUGGAUAAGAAACCAGAAGAAUUCCACCUGAACAAACAUGACAAAGCUCCAUUACAGCCACCAAAGGCAGCAACAACCUCUAAAACAUCUCCCAAUACAAGCCAGGCCACCUGUCCACUGUGUAAGGUUGAGAUUAACAUCAGCUCCAAGGACCUUCCAAACUACAACACCUGCACUGAGUGCAAGACCACUGUCUGUACCCAAUGCGGAUUUAACCCAAUGCCUAUAGGCAAGGCAAAUGAGUGGCUAUGUCUUAACUGUCAGAUGAAAAGAGCAGUUGGAGCAUCUGAGCCACCAGGGCCUCUCACAUUGAAGUCUGCCACAUCUACUAGUAAAGUUACUUCACCUGCUGCAGUCCAGUGGAAAGAUUCUCCCAAACCAACCACACUGCAAAAGAAGGAUGGUCCAGGCCCUGCUGUACUAAAGAAGGAGACUUCAGAACCAGUCUCACCACAGGGAAAACAAUCACCAUCUGUGCAGUCAGUGAAACCUGAAGCUACUUCUGUACCAUUGAAACAGGCCAGCCCAGCGCCUGAUCAUGAAAGACCACAGGAAAUACAGAAGGCAGGUCAGAAGAAGCCACCAGAUCAGGCAAGCCAACCUGGAAGCAAGCAACCUGAUUCUGCAAUGCCUGCAGAGUCAGUAACAAAUAGGCAGACUGAACCUAAGCAGAGUGAUGCCUCAGCAGCAACACAGCAACAGGCAGGAGGCUUUUUUGGUUUCGGUGGUAGUAAAACUCAAUCGGAACCUGGAAAGCAGGCAGAGUCAGCGACUGGGAAAAUGUUUGGCUUUGGCUCUUCAAUCUUCAGUUCCGCAUCUACUUUGAUGACCUCAGCCGUUCAUGACCAACCCAAAACUACUCCUCCAGUGUCUCCCAAGAUGUCUCCUGCAAAAGAGAUCAAGGCCCCCAGUGCCCAUAAGCCUGAUCAGCAGGAGAAAACAGGGUCAUCCCAGCAGACCAUGACACCUCCAUCAGGACAGGCUAAAUUGAGCAAAGCCCCAUCAGAGCCUCCAAAGGCCGCAGCAGUGUCCCAAGUAGCUGUCAAACCAGGCAAAUCUACCUGUCCACUCUGUAAGGUGGAACUCAACGUGGUUUCCGAAGAUCCACCCAACUACAAUACCUGCACUGAAUGCAAGAACAUUGUCUGUAACCAGUGUGGAUUUAACCCUAUGCCAAAUGAAACAGCGGUAAAGAAAUGGCUGUGUCUGACCUGCCAGAUGCAGCGUGCUCUAGACACAACACAGCCCCAAGGAGUUACUUCUGUCAACUCCCAGAUACCUGCAAAACCCCAAAAGAAAGAAAUCAUUAGCCCAGCUGAACCUGAAAACAAAGACUCACCUCAGAGGAAACUUUCUGUUGCAGCACAGCCAGCUACAACCAAAGCUGCUGAUAAGCCAGAGGGUCAGAAACAGCCCAGUCCAGUUCAUUCUCAGAAGAGGCCACAGGAGCCUCAGAAAACACCAAGUCCUAAUAAGUCACCAGACCAGAGAAGGCAAACUGAAUGUAAGCAGAGUAAUGCCACAUCGGCAUCAAAGCAAGAUACAGGAGGCUUCUUUGGUUUUGGUGGUGGUAAAACUCAACCUGAUGGUGCAAAGCCAGUGGAGUCAGCGACUGGGAAAAUGUUAGGCUUUGGUUCUUCCAUCUUCAGUUCUGCAUCCACUUUGAUAACUUCAGCUGUUCAGGACCAGCCAAAGACCACUCCACCAGUUUCUCCCAAAAUGUCCCCAGCAAAAGGGAUCAAAUCCCCUGAUGCCCAGAGGAAGGAACAACAGACAAAGACAGAACAACCCCAGCAGACCAAGACACCUCCAUCGGCACAGACCAAAGUGGACAAAGCUUCAUCAGAGCCUCCAAAGGCUGCAGCGGCCUCCACAGCCACUGGCAAACCAGGCCAUUCUACCUGUCCACUCUGUAAGGUCGAACUCAACAUGGGGUCCAAGGAUCCACCUAACUACAAUACCUGCACUGAAUGCAAGAACACUGUCUGUAACCAGUGUGGAUUUAACCCCAUGCCAAAUGUGUCAGAAAUGAAGGAGUGGUUGUGUCUGACUUGUCAGAUGCAAAGAGCUCUCAAAGCAGCCGAAUCAGUAGAGCCUCCAUUGAUGAAACCUCAGGCAUCACCAAACAAAGUGUCCACACCUGCCGCUGCCCAAAAAGAGGCCACUACCAAUCAAAAGAAAGACAUUAUUUUCACAGAAAAGGUAGAAGUGCCAGAAAAUAAUCCAAAGUACCGUCCAACAACAGGUGCACCACAAAAUAAAGAAGAAACUACACCUUUAAUUAAAAUGGACAUCACCCAAACAUCAACCAUUGCCACAACACCUACAAAAGAGACCCCAGGUACUGUUUCAGCCCCCACAAAAGUGGAGAAAUCAGCUUCACCAUCUACCAAGGAGAUUACAAACUCUUUUGCACCUCCCAUCAAAGAGACGACAGCUGUAGUUUCAGAACUCAAUAAAACAUUGCCUGCUCAAGCUCCUCCUGUCAACACAGAUAUUGUAACUUCUCUCCAGAAGAAAAAGGAUUUCACUCCACCAAGUUCCCCUGCACCUAACAAACUAUCAGAAAAGAAAGAGGAGAAAGCUGAAAUAGUUCAGAAAUCAGCUGAUAAACCAGUCACAUCCUCUGAUGAAGUACAGCCCCCAAAAGCCCUAAAUAAAGAAUCAAACUCUGUUGAAACAUCCCUUGCCAAAUCUGCUCCACCAGCAGCAAAGCCAACAAAUCAAGAAUCAGGAGGUUUCUUCAGCUUUGGUAGUCCUAAAUCUCAGCGUACUGCCUCAAAAACAACUGAAGCUAUGACUGGGAAGAUGUUGGGAUUUGGUUCAUCCCUCUUCAGCUCAGCAUCUACCUUGAUAACAACUGCAGUUAAGGAGGAGUCCCGCACAACACCACCAAGUUCCCGCAAAAUGUCUGCCCCAGCACAAGUCUCUGGCAAGAUGGCAACAUCACAGAUUUCUCCAAAGUCCAGCCCCCCAGUUUCUCCGAGGAUGACUUCAGCAAAGGAGACCAAACUGCCGGCUGCUCAGAAACCACAUCCAGAUAAGAUACCAGACCAACCUCAGCAGGCCAAGGCUCCCCCAUCAGUACAGGCCAAAGUUGACAAAGAUCCAUCAGACCCUCCAAAACCAGAAACCUCCCAAGCUGCUCCCAAAGUGGGCCAGACUACUUGUCCACUCUGUAAGGCAGAACUUAAUAUGGGCUCCAAAGAUUUUACCAACUACAACACCUGCUGUGAAUGCAAAACCACUGUCUGCAACAAAUGUGGAUUUAGUCCUAUGACAAAUGUAGCAAAGGCGAAGGAAUGGCUUUGUCUCAACUGCCAGAUGCAGAGAGCACUUGGAGCUUCUGAACCUCUCGGCCUUCCCAUGAUAAAACCCCAAACUUUACCAAGCAAAGAGGUUCCUCCCGCCACACAGAAGAAAGAGACCCCGAUGUCAACUUCUCAGGAGGACAUCCAUAAACCAGCCACACCCAAAAAUGAGCUUGUUAUUAUUGCCACAACCAAGGAAACUGAAUCCCCAGCCCUUGGUACACCAACAAAGAAAGUUACCCCUGCAGCUGCUUCAUUGCCUGACAAAACUGUUCCAUCCACUAUCACACAUACUGAUGUUUCACCAGCUUUACAAAAGCCUUCUGAAGACACACACAAAGGACAACCUAGUACACCCCAGCAAAAGCCUCCCAAAGCUGUAACAUCUGCUCCUCCACCAGAUCAAGAGGCAGAAAAGCCGUCCCCACAACAGCCUCCAAAAGCUGUGACCUAUAUUGCUAUGUCUGCUCCUCCACCAGAGCAACAAGCUGGAGAGGCACCCCCACAACAGCCUCCAAAAGCUUUGACCUCUAUCGCUAAGUCUGCUCCUCCUCCAGAUCCAGAGGCAGAAAAGCUGCAUCCACAACAGCCUCCAAAAGCUGUGACUUCUAUCGCUAAGUCUGCUCCUUCAGCAGAUCAACAAGCGGGAGAGCCACCCCCAAAACAGCCUCCAAAAGCAGUGACUUCUAUCGCUAAGUCUGCUCCUCCUCCAGAUCCAGAGGCAGAAAAGCUGCAUCCACAACAGCCUCCAAAAGCUAUGACUUCGGAUCUUCCACCAGAUUCAGACCCAAAAAAGGUACCUCCACAACAGCCUCUAAAAGCUGUGACUUCUAUUGCAAAGUCUGCUCCUACACCGGAUCGAGAAGUGGGGAAGCCACCUCCACAACAGCCUGCUAAAAUUGGUACUUCUCCAGCCAAAUCUUCCACACCAUCAGCUCAGCCUGCAAAACAGGCAUCGGGUGGCUUAUUUAGUUUUGGUGGUCCUAAAACACCAGCAAAGUCUGCUGAGUCAGUGACGGGAAAGAUGUUUGGCUUUGGAUCAUCUUUCUUAAGCUCUGCAUCCACUUUGAUAACCUCAGCAGUCCAGGAUGAACCUAAGACUACACCACCAACUCCACGUAAGAUGUCUACUACAGCCCAUGACUCACCUAGAACUACACUGGCAGCCUCCCCUAAUAUGUCACCUGCAAAGGACACCAAGCCAACUGCUGUCCCAAAAACUGAGGAGAAGAAACCAGAGAAACCACAGCAGGAAAAGACUCCUUCAACAGUACAACCCAAAGUGGACAAAGCUUUACCAGAGCCCCCCAAGACACAAACAGACAUCCAAGGUGCUCCAAAAGCAGUUCCAACCAUCUGUCCACUUUGUAAGGUCAACCUCAACAUGGGCUCCAAAGAUCCUCCCAACUACAACACUUGCACAGCAUGCAAGACUACUGUUUGCAAUCAAUGUGGAUUUAAUACAAUGGCAAUUGUGGCAGAGGUGAAAGAAUGGCUUUGUCUGAACUGUCAGAUGCAGAGAGCCCUAGGAGCAUCUGAGCCAACUGGACAUCCUGUAUUGAAACCACAGACCCCCCUAUGCAAGGUUCCUGGUUCUGAACUGAAGGAUAUACUGACAUUAGUCCAGCAGGAGAAGUCUACAGAAUAUACAGCAGUCAAAAAAGAGGUCACUCAAGCAACUCCACAGAAAAAAGAAACCCCCAAACCUGAGGCUCCAGUGCCGAUUGCAGUCCAACAGACGGAGACACCACAACGAGUUUCUGUGCAAAAGACGCAGGUCCUUUCGGGUACUGAACAAGGGCAAGGCCAAGGCCAGGAUGUGGCUGGCCAGCAACAACCUGUUGAAAAAUUCCCACAAGUACAGCUUUCACAAACUCUAAAGCCAGAAGUUAAGACUGUUCUUGCAAAACAAGAAGUUGGAAAAACACCACAACAGCCCAUAAAAUCUGCAACCCUUUCUGACAAAUCUGGACCUCCACCAGUUCAGCCUGCUAAACAGGAGUCAGGAGGCUUUUUUGGAUUUGGUGGCCCUAAAACACAACCUGCUGCUGCUAAGCCUGCUGAGUCAGUGAGUGGGAAGAUGUUUGGUUUUGGUUCCUCUAUCUUCAGUUCUGCAUCUACAUUGAUAACCUCAGCUGUUCAGGUCGAACCUAAAACUACACCACCUACUCCACGUAAGAUGUCCACUACAUCCAUCGUGUCUCCUAAAGCUACACCACCUACUCCACGUAAGAUGUCCACUACAUCCAGUGUCUCUCCUAAAGCUACACCACCUACUCCACGUAAGAUGUCUACUACAUCCAGUGUCUCUCCUAAAGCUACACCUCCAGUUUCUAAGAUUCCAGCUGCAAAUGACUCCAAACCACCUGCUGCAGGGAAAUCAGAGCCACCUCAACAGACCAAGCCUGCACCAUCAGCAGAGGCCAAAGUAGAGAAAGCUCCACCACAGCCUCCAAAAUCUACAGAAGUGACCCAAGUUGCUCCUAAAGCAGCUCUGUCCACCUGUCCACUCUGUAAGGUCGACCUCAACAUGGGCUCCACAGAUCCUCCCAAUUACAAAACCUGCACCGAAUGCAAGAACACUGUCUGCAACCUUUGUGGAUUUAACCCCAUGCCCCAUACAGGAGCGAAGGACUGGCUGUGCCUGAACUGCCAGACUCAGAGGGCUUUGUCUGGACAGUUGGGAGACUCAGGAAAAAUGCCCCAGCUUUCACUUGUAUCUGCCAAGCCAGGGAACCUGGCCACACCUGCAACCAAAAAGGCAGAGCCCAAAACCUCCCCUACAAAGGCAGAGCCUACAUCUGCGGCCACAAAAUCACAGCCCACACAUGCAUCCAUCAAGUCAGUACCAACAGUUCCAACCCCAAAACCAAAGAUGGAACCUACAUCUGUCAAAAUGGAAACCUCUGCUACAGCAGCUUCCGCACAAAUCAAGAUUGAGCCCACACGCGUACCCACAACAGCAAAGGUUUCACUUGUUAUAGCAGAAAAACAGCCAUUGGCAGCAUCCACAGCAGAAUUCAUGACAACCACUAUGGCCACUGUGCAACAGACAGAAGGAACACCAAAGGUUGAAGUGCCAAACACAGAUGCUCCCAAAACUGUGGAAAAUAGAGAAGAGUCAGUGAAAGUGGAGCUCAGUAAACCAGAAUAUCCCAAAGCUGAAGAGUCUAAACCUGACCUUCCAAAAGUCAAAGUUGAAGCAGGUGCUGCUUCAGGUUCCUCUUUCCCUAGGACUGAAGCUACAGUUGUACCUACUUCCCCUAUUGCUGCAGAUGUCCCAGGAAAUGAAACGAAGCAACAAUUGUCUGCUCCAGAGAAGAUUAUUAAGGAGGUACUGACUGAUGAUCAUAUUGAGCUGACAGAGCCAACUAAAUCUUUACCACAAGCUGAGGUGCAACCAAAGUUGCAAGAACCACAGCUGGUAUUGGAAGUAGAACCAGUCAUAAAAGCGGACAGCAAGGAAAUGGCUGAUAAAUUGAUUGAAAAGAUUAUUGACAUCACCUCAACACCAGAGACACAAGUAUCUACAAAGAACAUCAUAAUAAAAGAGCAAGAUGAAAGAAAUAAAGAACCAGUGAAAGAAAUAAUGGUCACCCUACCUACUUGGCAGGGUACAUUUGAAAAUAAAGUUGUACCUGCAACACCUACAAAGCCUGAAUCCGAAACAGGGGACCAUGAUGAAGAUCAAACCCAGAUUUUACCCAUAUCACAAGAAUUGAACGAUGGGCAGGUGGUUAGUGAUGCAAGUAAAACUGAUAUACCGGAAUAUACAGAUCCAUCAAUUCUAAUAAAGGAGGAAUUUAGAGCUGAGAGAAGGCGCCUAAGUUUCCAAGCAACGGUUGAGAGCAGUGAAAGUGAACUCACACCAUCUCCUAAAGUCCAGAGGAGAAGACUGAAGGUCAGCAAUGUCUCAUCCAGCAGUGAGGACAUUAAAACUGAAAGCGCUGAUUCCUCUAUGGAAGAUGAAGAAUUCAUCCGCAAGCAGAUAAUGGGUAUGGGUGAUGAAGAAGAAAUGAAUCUUUCAGAUGAUGAGAGACAAAAGGAUUUAGUAGAUGAGGAAGCUAUCAAAAAGGUUGAGCUUGAUAAUGCUUCAGUGACAGCCAAAUCACUGUUUAGAAAAGAUAAUACAGAGAAUGAAGAAAGCCCAGCCAGGAAAAAAGCCCUCCCAAAAACGGAUGCUGAAACUACUCAAGAUGUUUCUGAAACAAUGCCCUGCACUACAUUCAAGAAAGCUACUCCAGUCAUGAGACACAGACAAAGCACUGAUGAAGAAGUAGAGAGUAUCACAGAAUCCCUGUCAAAGGGAUCGUCCAGUGUUCAGGUAUCUAGUUUUACCCCAGGAUCUUCACCCACGUCAGCCUCAUCUCUGGAGGAGGACAGUGACAGCAGCCCCAGACACAAGAAAGUCAGUGGGGACAAGCAGCAUCGCAAAGGAAGACACAGGCAGCCAACCCAGCUUCUCCCAACCAUUGAAGACUCAUCUGAGGAAGAGGAAAUGAGAGGGGGGGAGAAGUCUAGAAAAGACAAAGAGGAACUUAGAACCCAUGGCGCACCACUGUCUCGAAAUGAAAAUACUUCCUCCACAGAGAAUCUGAAGCAGGUCACCGUAAUGGAUGAAACCAGUAGAACAUCUGGCUCAGAGUACUCUGCCAGUAUAGAAUCAGAACCAGAGGCUUGCCGAGCUGUACAGAGAGGGGGUAAGCCUUCACCAACGGGGAUACCAUACAAUCCUACUGAUUCAUUUAACGAAAAGGAUACUGUGACAAAAUCAUUGAAGAGUGCUGAAGAAGCAUAUGUGGAAAUUAUUCAGAAGACAAAAGCUAUUCCUGGGGAGAGUCCUCCUGAUAUUGAGCCACUCUAUGGAGGAAUGGCAAUAGAGGACUAUCUUUAUGAAUCCUUAGUUGAGGAGCCUGAAAUCAAGAUGGAUGAAUCUCAAGAGGAGGAAGUUAAACAAGAUACAAGCUCUGAGUGUCUCAAAAAACUUAGGUCUCCAGAGGAGGUUUAUGAGGAGAUGAUGCAGAAAAAAAGAGAACUGAUGAUGAUAGAGCAAGAGUUUCAACAGGCCCAGACUGCCAUGGAUUCAUCCUCAUCAGGGGCUUCUGUCCCUGGGCCUCCUUCGAUUGCUGAGACCUGUGUGGUUAUCAUACCCACAGAAGAGAUAUCCCUCACUGAACAAAUUGACAUGCUUCUUACAGGCACUGAAACUUCUAAAGAAGUGCCAGUGAAGAAAAAGAAAAGGCCAGCUCCACCACGCCCCACUGAACCCCCUAAGCGUUCUGAGAUAAAUGUUGUUCCAAGUACUCCUAGUGGAUCUAUUGGUUUUGUUAGGCCCAUGGUUCCUCAAGAUCCUGCACUCAGAAAGGCAUUGUUUCCAAUACCAGACCUCAAAAUUACCCGCUGUUCAUCUGGGGAGGAAGAGGAUGACAGUCUUGCAGACGAGUAUGGUGUUGGUAUUUCCUCUGAUAUUACCCCCAGUGAUGACUCUGAGACUAAAGAGGAUCCAUCCAUAAGCCCACCUUUGUCUGAAACCAUUGACAUGGAGCCUUUCUGUGUGGUCUGUGAAAUUCCAGAGCCAAAACCUAUUCCAACUCCAAUUUCAGCACCAGAACUAACAACUACACCCUCCCCUGUAUCACCAAUGUCUCCUCCAACUUCACCAGCCACUCCAGAUUCCAGUUUGGCUUCUAAUGCUACAUCCUCAUCCUCAUUCCAGGCUCAAACACCUCUUUCAUCAGAUUCAACUCCACUGUCUACACCAACACCUCCAACUGUAUUUGUAACCCAAUCACCUCAAGAGAUCUCACCACCAUCUCCUGCCACAAUUGCAGCAGUACCGUCUAGUGGGGGAUCAGUUUCUCAUCCCACUCUUACCACAGUUAUAGUCACAAUACCAGAUGUGGUGUCUGAUCCAUCCAAAGCUCAAACAACUGCAGUAGUUCAAGGUAAGGCUUCUACCGCUGAAGCUCCAACUCCAAACCUUGUGGGGAUGUAUACUCCUGUGCCUGUUGUGGUUCAGAUGCCAGAACUGGUUUCAUCUCCAUCUCAGGUGCCUAUCAUGGCACCAGCUGUUGUACAGGUCUCAGCACAAAGUCCAGCACCUGUUGUUGUGUCAGCUCAACCCACAAUUGUAUUUACAGCUGCACCUGUUACAGUCCCCACUCAAGCUUCAACCCAUGUUGUUUUUGAUUCUGUCACUCUGGCCUCAUGCCCUUGGCCAGUCAUAGACCAGAAGAUGCCUGACCUUGUUUCAACUACAUCUCCAAUCUCUGCACAAACCCCACUACCAGUCUCAGAACUUGUAACUACCCCAGCUCAACUCCAAGCCAAAGUGGUACACUCAGUCCCUUUCCGAGCAGCCAUCUCUUCAAUGAGCCCUGUUGCAAUCCCAGCUCCAGUUCAAACAGCCCAGGUGCCUGCACCAGCUCCAGCAUCAACUAUUAUAACCAAAAAGAAGAUCCCACCCCCUCCUCCCCCUCGAUCUACUUCAGUGUCAUUACCUGAGACUAGCACAGAGCUUCCACUUGUAAGGACUGUUCAGCAUGUCACCCCGACUAUGACCACCACCAUAGCUAGGGGAACCACAGUGGCCAGCCAGCAAAUGCAGUCUGUAUUUGUGGAUAUACAGCCAGGAAUGGAAGACAUGCCACCAGAUAGUGUGGCUGUACCUCAGGUAGUGACCCCAACCAGACAAGGGCAUGUAGUCAUCAUCGUGCCAAGUGGGGAAAACAUGUCUCUGCUUAGACAAACCCCACAAGAUAUAGCUAGCACAGGGUCAGUAACUGCCACUACGUCUCUGCAACAAAGUAGUCAAAUAGCUUCAGAUAUACCCAGGACAGACACAGAUUCACUAUCCACUAAGGUGUCAGCAGUGCCAGUAGCUUCAGCUCCACCCCUUCCGCUGAAACCUAUGACAGGUACAAAAGUUGUAGACACAGUCGAAAUACCUGUAGCAGAUACAUCUCUACCACCUCCUACCACUUUACCCAAGCCAACUGUGUAUCCAAAGCCGAUGGUUUCCACUACAGUGAUGAUUGCCACAGCAACAGUAGCACAAGCUUCUGAUACAACAGCUGGCCCUUGUCAAACCGCAAAGCCUCCUCCACCCAUACCACCUAAGCCUAUAUCAAUUCCAGCUGGACUGGUUUUCAGCCAUAAGCCAGGAGAGAGUGUCAAGCCACCUCCUCCUUCUGUGGCCCCCAAAGCUGCAACACUACCUAGGAUCAAAAAACCUCCAAAUGCUCUGUCACUUAGCCUGACACAGCCAGUGGAAUCCAAGUUGAGUGCAACAUCUCCUAAGUCACCUUUGUCUCCUAGACACUCCAAAUGUUUGCAAACCUAUGUGGUGAUAACCCUUCCAUCUGAGCCUGGCUCACCAACAGAAGUUAUAACAGUCCAGGCACCUGUAAGACGAGGCUCCAUCCCAUCUACAAAAGUAUCAGGGGUACGGACCACACCUUCAGAGCAAAAAACAUCCACUGAGGCAUUCUCAGCACAGGCUACAGUUCGGAGAGCCUCUGUCCCCACUGUAAGGCAUCCACCUCCAAUAUCCAUAGAUCCAACUGUGGCAGUAGAGCAGGUAACACGCUAUGAAGUUGAGGCUAAUAAAGUGCCAACCAGGAGAGACUACGUGGUUUCUGCAGUAUUACCACCACCAUCUAUUGCUGAUGUCAUUGUAGUGUCAUCAGGUCAGGUCACAUCUAUUCAGGCACAUAGUGUACCUCUUCCAAUUAAGAAACCAUAUGUGCAACAGCAGCAAUUCAUUACUCAGCCACUGCCACCACCUCAAACAAUGUAUGAGGUAAUCACAAUGCCCCCAGAGCCAAAGGUUCUUAUUCAACCACUAACAGUUCAAGCCACAGCAAGAUCCCACUCUAUACCACUUGUUGCUCAACAUCCAAACAUAUUCACGGAAGUUGUAACAGUUCCUCCAGCUGAAGCAUUAGUUCCACAGGCCCCAAUACCAACUGUACCUGUGCAGCCACAGCCUUUUACAGAAGUUGUUACUGUACCACUGACAAUGGAGGUACCUUUAGUUGCACUAGUUCCCCAAGAAAGACCAGCUGCAGUUCCCACUACUGUUCCUUAUCCACAAGUUGCAGCUCAAAUAGGAAUGCUACACCAAGAACAAGAUAUGCCUACUCAUGUCAUAGUCACCGAGACAGUAAUGGUUAAAUCACCAAUACCAGGAGUGAGUCAGCAAAUUCCUCCUCAACAGCCACUUACAUUAGUUGAAGUAGUGACUCACUCUACAGAGCAAGAAUUGUCUACAUUUUUUAACAAGAUUCCCACCAUUGCUGAACUCCCAUUAGUACCACAAACUGAAGUUUUGCCUUUAGUGACAGGGCAGCUAUCCUCACAGUAUCCACUUCUUGUUGCUGAAGUGUUGCCCCUCCCUGCAAGUGAAUUACCUAAAGAGAUUAUUACAAUUGACACUGCUGCUAGAAUACCAGGAUUAGCAACAGUAUGUCCAGUUCCUUAUCCUCUAUCUGUGGUUGUUGAAAUUACCCCAACACCAGAAGUAGCUAAGUUAAUGUCACUAACUACAGUUACAAAGAUGAUAACUCCUACAAUUGGAAAUGUAACACCAUCACCUCUCGUGAUGCAAGUCCAACCAAUGGCAGUACAGCCAGAAGUACCUAUUCCACAGGUCUAUGGAGCAAUUACAUCCUCAGUCAUGUCACCUUCAACGCCACCACUGGAGGUCAUAGCAUUGGAGCCUGAACGUGAGACAACCACAGAGAUUAUACCAAAGGAUGUUGAUGUAAGAGCUUCAAUGUUACCAUCAGUGUUGCAGUCCCUGGCAGCUGCUGGGAUGCCAGUUGGAUUUAUUUCAACUGGGGAAACUACGAGUAGGAGGUCAUCUAUAUCGUCCAUAGUGCAGCCAACAUACAGCACAAGUGAAAUGUAUACCUAUCCCACAGAGUAUGAAAUACCCACCCAGGUGAUUGCAACUGAGGCCUUUGCUGCCACCAGGAGAGAAUCCAUAACCAUGCAGCAAUCAUUGCCAUUGGCACAUGUAGUAAACAUGCCAGCUGAAAAAGAUAUUCCGAUUGAUGGCUAUGCUGUUCAGAGCCCCUACAGGAGAGGAUCCAUUUAUUCAACAGAACAAAUACCACAGGUAUCAACUUAUUCAUCGGAAUAUGAUCAUCCUCUGGAGAUAAUAACCACUGAGGCAUAUACCAGAAGAACCUCAAUGCCCACUGCACAGGCCAUUCCACAGGGUGUAUCUGUGGCUCCAGUCACUAUCACUAAAAUUCAGCAGGAGUCUAUUGAGAGCCAAGAGAUUCGACGACAAGAAAAGGUGGUCUCUAGUAUGAGUCACAUGUAUUCUUCUUCAAUAUCCACCUCAGGCCAGCCUCCUGAAAGCCUGCCAAGCCUUGUCACUCAGGUGGUUACCACUGAGGUCCAGAGGACCACUGUGUCUGUUGUUCAUGAAAGACUUCCACAAGUACCUCGACACAGUGUAGCAAUCACCAUACAACCAGACGUAGCGAAAGUCCAACCUCUGCCAAAACACAAUGGAAAGAUAAUCUACCCUGGUGAUGUCAUCGAUUUACGAACCAUGAAGGUUGAAAUAAAGAUGACUGAGCAAGGCAUGGACCUAACACCACCUGAGUCAUGUCGACAGUCUUUUUCAAGUGACUCUAGUGGCCGCCAAAUCACAGCAGUGCAGCCUGAGAUAGUAAAUCUUAGUGCAGAGAUCACCCCUGCAACCACGCUGUCUGUGGUCACAGACAGCAUCACAAUAGUCACAUGCACAGCCACCAUUGCCUCAUACAACACUACUCCAGCUGAGAAACCCCUCGAUUUGCAAGGCCCUGUUUCUUCAUUGCCGCUGCCUCUCACUACAUACAAACCAUUCGAACCACUAGCUCAGAUUGUAUACAGACCUGUGAAUUCCUAUCCUGUAGUCAGUGCUGUAGCAUCCACAGCUCAAGACAUACCCAUUAAUCUUUCCUUUGGAGCUCUCGUUUCCUUGGGUGGCAAACAGCCAAUGACUUCCUCAGCAGCUAUCAGCAAUGAAGGUGCUGUCCUUUCUCUAGAGGCCACAGGGGCUAUGGAUCUGUCAAACUACAGACCAGUGAGAGCGAUGGUCGCUUUGUCUGACACAAGCCCAGGAGUGGUGACCACUGUUAUAGAGGAUGAUGGGACUCCAGUCGACCUUACAGCUGGUAGGAGGAUUGUGUGCUGUGAUGUCAUUUACAAGCUACCAUUUACAGGAAACUGCAGAACACAGCCCCCUGUUACAACCCAACCUGACAACCGUUUUGGCUAUAGAGAUGACCACUACCAAUAUGAUAAUGCUGGACUGUAUGGCAUCAAAGGCAUGGAUGGUAUAAAAGCCUCAAUGUCUGAGACCAACCUGACAGAGGCAGGACUGUUUUCCUAUGAUCCCAAGAAUGACUAUGACUAUCUCAGUGGAUCUUCAGAUGGCGCUAUAGACCUCACUGCUGCCAGACUUUCUUCUGGUAAAGCUCUAGACUACACUAGCAAAGCUACUGGAAUCUACUCUGGGACGAUUGCUGCUCCAUACUCCCAGGUCCCUGCAGCUGGGUUUGGUGUGAAUGGUGUUCUAAGAACCUCAGAUGGAAUAGUGUACUCCUCUAUUGCUGCCCCAGUUCCAUCCACGUAUGCAAUUAUAACUCAACCGGGCUCCAUCUUUAGCAAUACCUUAACACCUACAUCAACAGUCCAGAACCAGUCAUUGCCUCAUCCGUAUGGCUUCAUUCCCAGUACAGACCCUGGACAGAUAAUUACUUUUGACACAGGGCUACCUAAGGAGCUUCUACCCACAGCUUUGGCUGACAUCAUUACAGGAUAUCCAGACAUGUACUCAGACACCACCCUGGAAGCAAUUGCUGCCUCUCUGGAUGCCCUAGCCUCUUCCCCAAUAUUCCCUGGCUUAGACAACACAAAGAUGGCCCAGUAUCAGAUGGAGAGGGAGUUUCUAGAGCUAGAGAAGCUUAAGCAGCUUUGUCUCGCUGAGGAGCUGGAGUGGGAGAGGCAAGAGAUCCAGCGUUACCGUGAACAGGAGCAGCUUAUGGUCCAAAGGGAGCUUGAGGAGCUUCAAGCUCUAAAACAGCAGCUUCUCAUGCAGCAAGAAGAAGAGCACCAUGCCCACAUGGUGGCCCAGCAGGAGACCUAUACCCAGCAGAAAGAGCAGUUGCAGCAAAUCCAACAACUCCAACUACAACUCCAACGCCAGCUUGAUGAGCACUAUGGUAGCACUGGUACCACAGGAAACCUCCUAGAUGCUAAAUAUGCAGGGGUAGGGGACAGUGGCCAGUACUGGCCUGUCAAAGAUGAGUCUACAACUCCAUCAAUUGGGACACAGUUAGAGGAAAGUCAGGACCAGUUUAAUCUUGGAAAGAGCCUUAAGGCUGAUCAGGACACAGGGAAAAGAAUAAUUGAUAGUGGAGUGCAGACAGAUGAUGAAGACUCAGCAGAGAAGCAACAUGUAGGAAGGAGAAAGAAGAAUAAGAGAAAUGUUGAUAGCUCAGCUCAGACUGAUGAUGAGGACCAAGAUGAAUGGGAUGCUCCCACAAAAGCUCGACGACGCUCUCGAAAACACAGCAGCGAUGGGAAACAUGGCUCCAAGGUCUCUAGCAUUGCUAUCCAAACAGUGGCGGAAAUAUCUGUGCAGACUGACCACUCUGGAACAAUCAAACGACCCAGUGUCCAGAUAGACACUAAGGUGGAAAUUAUCAAGCAUAUUUCAGCUCCAGAGAACUCUCAGAGAGGUGGCAGUCUGAGCUGUCAGACAGACUCAGAUAGAAGGCUCACACCGAUUGAGGUAGGGUACAGCACACACCUAACAGCAGAUGUCCCAUUCAAGUCAAAAGUCUUCUACACCUCAGUCUCCCCCAUGUCCCCGGAAAAGUCCCUUGGAGGGCAGAGAAUGUUGACUGCUGACCCAACCAGAUUUUCCUCUGGCCCUCGUAUAUUAAAGGCUGGUCAGAAGUCUCACUCUGAUCCUAAAUCCCUUAGUCCUACCACAGAUGACAGGAUGGGUGGAUACUACGCAGACAGCUAUUCUAGUCGAGGCUCUCCCUCUGGUACAGGUAAGAAGGUAAAACGGACACUACCAGAUCCCCCUCCUGAGGAUGACUCUUUGGCAGGACGUUCAGGCUACAGCACCAACUCUGCACGUCGUCGUCUUGCCCGCAGUACAACAAUGGCCCGGGCAAAGAUCUUGCAGGACAUUGACAAGGAGCUUGAUCUGGUGGAAAGAGAAUCUUCUAAACUUCGCAAGAAACAAGCUGAGCUAGAUGAAGAAGAGAAAGAGAUUGAUGCAAAACUACGGUACCUUGAGAUGGGUAUCAACCGGCGUAAGGAGGCCUUGCUGAAGGAGAGAGAGAAGAGAGAGAGGGCCUAUCUCCAGGGGGUGGCAGAGGAAAGAGACUACAUGUCAGACAGUGAGGUUAGCAACAUCAGAGAGGCCAGGGGUGAUGGCCAGGAGAGACCACGGACAGCUCCCCAGUCUGAGUUGGAUCAGUUCAUCCCUCCCCAGACUGAAGCUGAUUCCCAGUACAACACACUAACUAGUCCCUACUCUCACUAUGCUCAGUAUCUUCCCCAGACCCUAACCACCAGCCACUACACCCAACAGAACCUAUAUCAGCAGCAGUCCCUUUACCACCAACAGGUGUCUCCUUACUCAACCCUAUCCCUCCCCCAUGCCCAGGGUCAGUCUAGCAACUACCAACAUGCACUGCUCUUGCAGCAGGGAAAGCAGCGACAAACUACCCUGUCUGAUUUAGAGCCUAAGAUCACCACCAACUAUGAAGUGAUACACAACCAGCCUCUGCUCAUUGUGCCAACCUCCACAGAAAGUGGUUAUAGUGUUGCUCACCUGGGGGGCAAGUAUGGCAGCUUGGACUUGAGGCUGGGGCUAGGCCAAAGGAGCAUGGGCUCUAGUCCCAUGUCUAGCAUUUCUGCUGAUUCCUUCUAUGCUGAUAUUGACCACCACAACUCCAGGAACUACGUGCUGAUAGAGGACAUAGGGGAGCUCACCAAGGCCUCGACGGGGCUGAGCAACACCGGCUUGGGUUCUGGAUUCAACAUUCCUGAUAAGGAGUUGUCCAAGGCAGACAGACUACUCAGGGCAGCAGAAGUCAGGCGCACAGCAGAGGUGGCAGAUUUUUUAGGCUCAUCUCGACUUCAGGGUUAUGGCAAAGGAGAAGAUGAGACAAUGGAGGAGCCUUAUGAGCUAAAGCUACUGAAACAGCAGAUCAAACAGGAGUUCAGGCGAGGAACUGAGGGACUAGAACACUUAACAGGGCUCGGCCUUCCUCAUUAUCUCCCCAGUGAUGGCAGUUUUCGUCACUUCCCUAAAGGAGAGAAGUACAGCAUUGGCAGGCUCACCCUUGAAAAACAGGCUGCAAAGCAACUCCCAGCAGCUGUGCUUUUCCAGAAACAGAUGAAGAACAAAAAGGCCGUAAUAGAUCCUAAGGCUAUCAUAAAAUGUUCCCCAAUUCAAGAGAGUAGGGACCUGGAGCCUGACUUUGGCAGCUACAUGGGAUCUGGGGCCUCCUCUGUGACCAAUCUGGCUGCUACAGCUAGGUUGCUUCAGGAUGAGAUUACAUUUGGGCUAAGAAAAAACUUGUCUGAGCAGCAAAAAUAUUUAGGCUCCUCCCUAGGGGCCAAUUUAGCUGGUUCUCUUAAUUUUGGACAGUCCCUCGGAGUUGGAUCCACUAUCAGGGCCCCUGCCCAGGAUGAUGGUACCUACCCAAGUGGCACCCGUUCCCGCCCCUCAUCACGCCCUUCCUCCCGCCCCUCUUCUGUCUAUGGCUUGGAUCUAUCUAUCAAACGGGACCUAUCCAGCUCCUCACUUCGACUAAAAACAGAAGGAGAGGUCCUAGAUGCUGCAUUUGCUCCUGGGGUGGCCAGAGCAAAGCCCACCAGUCUCCCUAUAAGCCAAAGUAGGGGACGCAUUCCUUUUGUGUCUCAGAAUUCUGAGGAGGAGAGCCCUCUGAGCCCGGUGGGGCAGCCUAUGGGUAUGGCUAGAGCCUCAGCUGGACCUCUUCCUCCCAUCUCUGCUGAUUCCAGGGAUCAAUUUGGGUCCAGCCAUUCCCUGCCAGAGGUACAGCAACAUAUGAGGGAGGAAUCUCGGACACGAGGCUAUGAUCGAGACAUCGCAUUCAUCAUGGAUGACUUGCAAGGUGCCAUGUCUGACAGCGAAGCACUAAGUGAAUCCAUGCUGGCUUUGAACAGAGAUGAUGCCAGAAUCUUUCAUGAAAGUAUCAGACACGCUGGAGGCCCAAACUGGAAUAUAGAAGCCUACCACCUGAGAAGGGAGGACACAGAUUGGUUUGAUAAGCCAAGAGAAGGACAUCCGCAGAGUGGAAACAUGUCGGACAGGAGACAGAUGAAUCUGGUGCCUUAUGCCUUCCCUCACACUUGCAUCAAGCUGAAGAGAGACCCAAAAGACACCAGUGUGUCAGGGAACGGUCUUGGGAUCCGUGUGGUAGGUGGGAAGGAGGUGCCGGGUAGCCGAGGAGAGAUUGGAGCCUACAUUGCCAAGGUUAUCCCUGGUGGUGUGGCCGAACAAACAGGAAACGUUGCAGAGGGAAUGCAGGUGUUGGAGUGGAACGGAAUCCCUCUGACGGGAAAGACUUAUGAAGAAGUGCAGUGCAUCAUGGGCCAGCCAUGUGCAGAGGCGGAGCUCUGUGUGAGACUCGACCUUAAUAUGCUGUCUGACCCUGAGCACCCACAAGCCCUGGAGCACCAUGUCCAGCUUAAGGCUGUAGGUGGGCAGCGUUCCCCUGGUGUAGAUCCUAAGCAGCUGGCGGCAGAACUGCAGAAGGUGUCCCAGCAGCUGGCUCCUGGUAUGGCUGGGGUAGGGCUCGGGCCAGGAGGUUUGGGUGUCCUCUCUGCACUGGAGCGAUCUGCCAUCCUCCACUCGGGUACUGGAUCAGCUGCCUCCAGUGGUGUGCCAAGCCCCGGCCAGCCCGCAUCCCCUGCCAUAAACAAGAAACAACGACACAAGCCGAUCGAAGCAAUGAAGACACCUCAUCCCAUCACUGGAGAAAUUCAGCUCCAGAUCAACUAUGACAGGAACCUAGGAAACCUGAUCGUCCACGUCCUGCAGGCUAGAAACCUGGCCCAGAGGGACAACGACGGUUAUUCUGACCCUUUUGUCAAGGUCUACCUCUUACCGGGGAGAGGCCAAGUCAUGGUUGUCCAGAAUGCAAGUGCUGAUAACAAAAGAAGGACCAAGUAUGCCCAGAAGACCAUGAACCCAGAAUGGAACCAGACCGUCAUCUACAAGAACAUUCAUUUGGAGCAGUUAAAGAAAAAGACGCUGGAGGUGACAGUGUGGGACUAUGACAGAUCCUCCUCCAAUGACUUCCUUGGAGAAGUGUUGAUUGACUUGUCGAACACUGCUCUGCUAGACAACACGCCGCGCUGGAUGCCUCUGAAUGAGCAGAGUGAGAGCAUUGAGCAUAGCAAAGCCCAUAGUGCUUCUCAAGGCCCACCAGGGUCUGGGUCAGAUCAGGGUUAUGGUCAGGCACACAGCCUGGGCCAUAUAUCAGGCCCUGGAUAUGCUGUGGGACAGGUUCAAGGACCAGACGGGAGUCAUGAUUCACCUAAGAACUCUGUGAUCAAGAGCAGAAGCCAUGGAAUCUUCCCUGAUCCAUCCAAAGACAUGCAGAUGAUGCCUUUGGAAAAGUCACACAGCAGCCCCGGCAGCUCCAAGUCUUCCUCUGAUGGUCAGCUGCGCUCCCAUGGCCCCUCCCGAAGCCAAAGCAAGAGCAGCGUCACUCAGGCCCACCUUGAGGAUGCUGGGAUAGCCAUUGCUGCCGCAGAGGCUGCCGUGCACCAGUCCCGCCUGCAACCAAGACCAGGACACCGACUGGGUGAUGUCUCAGGGUCUGUGGUGUUGUCUGCCCCGAGUCUUGUGGGAGACGCCUAUGGAGGUCUGGAUGGGGAAGAAGAGGCAGGCAUUGGAGUGGACAGUGCCAUUUUUCAAGUGCCACGCAUUGGUAAGGCUAUUCCGAACGGCACUGACAAAAACCAACUAGGGACCCCAGAAAACGAAGGCGGUAAAACACAAGUAAUGGGGGAGAUCAAGGUGGCUCUCAAGAAGGAAGUAAAGACAGAAGGGGACCAACUGGUCUUGGAGAUCCUUCAAUGCAGAAACAUCACUUACAAGUUUAAAAGUCCCGACCACCUACCAGAUCUGUAUGUGAAGUUGUAUGUGGUCAAUGUAGCCACUCAGAAGAGGAUCAUUAAGAAGAAGACCAGAGUUUGUCGACACGACAGAGAGCCCUCUUUCAAUGAGACCUUCAGAUUCCCCCUCAAUUCAACCGGACACUCCAUACAGCUUUUCUUGGUGUCCAAUGGAGGCAAGUUCAUGAAGAAGACCCUGAUCGGGGAAGCCUACAUCUGGCUGGACAAGGUGGACAUGAGGAAGAGAGUGGUCAGCUGGCACAAGUUGCUCGUCAGCUCCACUCAGACCAACCCCUGAGCACCACACCAAAAAGAUAGAGAUGCGAUAGAUGGACAAAAGGUGAAGCCAGAAUGUACUAGUUCAGCGAUCCGGUUAGACAGAAAGAAGAAUAAGAGGGAAAAAAAAUGUCACGAAGACGAAAUAAAAAGAUCCAUUUAAUUAACUUCCUCUGUUCAUAAGUUAUAAGAAGGAGGGAAUUAUGUGCUAGUACCAUACCAACUUUAUCAGUCCAACACUGCCAGCACACAUGUCCACCUCUUCCCAUAUCGAGUCUGUGCUGGCUGUGGACUUUGCUUGUAGGGUGCAAACAUGCAAAUACCACAGCAGGCACUGAAGCAGGCACUCAGCAGCAAUAUGGCUUUGAGAGCAGCGAUGUCUUUCUUACCAUAGUUCCAAUUCCACAAUCCACAGGCGACUUUGUUGUUUUGGUGCUGUGCAACUGAGCUAACAUAUCUAUAACAGAGGGAGAGACGUUUUUUUUUUUACUUUGAUCAUCAGCUGACAAUGUGUCAUUAUUGUAAUUCCUAAAUGAUGUUCAUUCAGUGGUCUUGAAGUGUUUAAUGGUGAAGGAAUGCGUCAUGUUUUUGUAUUAUAGUCUAAAGAGACAGAAAAAGAGACAGACAGAUGACUUUUGCUAUGGGGUAAAGAUAAAUAUGUACAGCACUACAGACUGUAGAUAUCACACAUGCAGAUUACAGAGCCUAUCAGAGAACCACAUUGUACAGUGUGAUGUUUAUAUAAUAUACAUAGAUAUCAGAUGCAGAAUAUAUCUAAAUACAGUACAAUAUACACUAUAAGAGUUGUUCUCUUCUCUCUGAAAUAUAUAGAAUAAAAUAUAGACGUAUGAUCUUUAUUUGAGGCUGUGGGUGGCGCACUGACAAUCCAGUAGGCUACUUUAGUCUAUGGUGUAGGCACUCUUAAUAGCCGUUAUGUGAACGUGGACCUAUGUGAGCUCAAGGAUAUAGCUCCUUCAGUCCUCUGAUCACACUGAUACACCAUUAGAUAUUCAACAGGGCUGUGAUGGAUUACAAAUUGUAAAGGUCAAGGAUGAAAAACAGUGACAUAUUGCUAUUUCACUGGCAUGCUGUUGUGUAAGGCAGGUUAGAAUUACAAUAAAAUGAAAAGCAUUUGUGUUUUGAAGUUGCUGUGUUGAAAGUUACAUGCCAACCAUGAUGACAAGAGUUUGACAAGAGUUUGUCCAACUGUGUCAUAUAUACGACAUUUUACUUUAAGGCUGUUGUAGUUGCUCAGAGUGUGCUGAUAUUUCCUUCUGUGUAGCCUUUAAUGUAAUUACAGUGUUGGAAUGGACAUGUAAUUAACACAAGUUGUGUCAAAACCACACGUGGGUCUGCAACUGUCAUCAGCUCAUUAUGACAGCUCUGAUAAGUAAACCCCCCUGGUCUGAGUUUUACUUAAAAAUAUUGAAAAUCAAGAAAAAAAAAAAUUCUUACCAGUCGAAUGUCAAGGUUUCUCUGUGUGUCUGGCUGUGCUGUAAAACUCACUGUGCUGUUUUGUGUCAGUGACUCCAGCAACACAGUGAACCAGCCUCUUUCACUGCCUGUGACCAAAAGACUCACUCAGGCUCACUGGGGUUCAGUCAUAUUUAAGUCUCAGUACUAAUGUGGAGCAGGUGACACAUGUAUUCAUCUUGUAAUGUUUUGCCGCCAUAUCUGCAGAAUGAAAAAAAUACUAUCACGUGACCCUCAUAACUACUGUUGUGUGUUUAGACAUAUCACAGGGCUGAUGCAAUUUUUAAAUAUAACAGAGGAAACAACAAACACACUUAGAACAAGAUGUCACUUAAGUCUUAUAGAAAAGGAUUUAAAAAAGAGAAUAUAAUAAGAAAGGGAACAUUGUUGAUCUUUCAGAUAAUUAUUUUGCUGUGCCAACUUAGAUUUGUUUUAAUUCCAGACACAUUGGUUCUUAAUUCUAUGCAACAUAGAUGUGUUUGAAUGCAUUUGCUUUUUUUGGAAUUAAAUGUUAUAUCUGUGAACAUAUGGUCAAAGAAAAUAUGUCUUAUAGAAAACAACUUUAAUUUGUACAUCCCUGAAAGAAAAUAUUAAAUAUAUUGAUUUUUUUACUGAUUUUAAUAUAAAUUGUUAGUAUUUACUUGGAGCUUGUGCACUUUAUUAUUAUAUUGUUUUUUUUAUUGUCUCAUUUUAAAUGUCAUGACAUGCAAGAUUAUGUGUUUUGUGUUUCUGCACUGAAAUGAACUGAAUCAUGGUGUAUGUGGUGGCAGAAAAUAUUGUGAUGUGCAUUUUGUAUCUAUGUGGCAAAAGAAAAACAAGCAGACGUUGGGGUUCCUAAACACAAUGCACAAUCUGGGGAGGAAUCAAUCUUACUACAUCAUGUUCAUAGUCUACUUAACAGUCUGUGUACAAAGUACAGUAAAUAAGACAUGUUCCCUAAAUGCUCAGUCAUGACUGUUUGACCCCUCGUGUUUCAUUAGACUUCCCUCAAGCUAAUUACUGUUCCUUCAUAUCAGCUGUUGCCUGUAAUUGUGAAUCCAUCCAUUUGUUGUUGUUCUGAGGGGUGUGAAUGUGACUCAAGUCCUUUGACAUGUGUACAUAAAGUGUUUAUUUUCUACAAAGAUUGAAUGUUUAUAUUGUCCGGAGUUUGAGCAUGUGUGUGUCGAAAAAAAAUCACAGAAGACUUAUAAUUGUACAGCAAUGCGUGUUUGUAGUUGUAUAAGGGGAGUUGACUGUGUAAUCAAAACAUGUGCUGUCAACCAAUGACUGUCUGUGCAACCGCGUCCCGUAAACGACUGAAACAACUCAAAGGGAAAAAAAAACAUCUAUUCAACUUCAAUAGUUGUCUGAGACUUUAUGUUUUGGAUGUUGCAUGUUUUGUUGAUGGUUUGUCUGUAUAUUUUGCCUACAGAUUAUGUUUAAAAAGAGACACAAUAUGUAUAGAUUUAUCUGUAUGCUGACUGUAAAGAAAUAUGCUUGUAAAAUUGUCUUGUUUUUCAAAAACAAAGAAUCUAAUGUAAUGGUUUUGUGGUUGUACACAGGAUGUGUUGAGAUAUUAUGCAAAUUGUGCUGUAAAAAUCAGCUGUUUCCCCUGAGUCUAAAGAAUAAAGAUUAAGAAGAGCUAUAUUACACAUGCA